AGGGAAAAGUCCUGGGAUAGGAGGGACUGGAGAGCUGGCCUCCUGUCAGAAUAACCGGGAGCCCCAGGAGGGCCAGAGCAGGAAAGUCUGGGGGGAGCUUGGUGCAAGGCCACAGAGCCACCACCUGGAUUUCUAUCCAGGACACUGUCCACCUCUUAGAGGCCUGGGGGUGAAUCUGAGUUCCUGGACACCUGCCGAGUCCAUCCGACAGCAACCGAAAACCACACAGGUGGCCCUGCCAGGAAAGCGCAGAGCGCUGGCACUCCGGCUUGACCCUCAACCCUGCGCCUGAGGCCAUGGCACCGAGGGACCUCGAACCGCGCAGCUCUGAGAGCCAGGAGAAGACGUCACUGCCCACUGCUCGGAAGGUCUGCUAUGCCCUGGGAGGCGCCCCGUACCAGCUCACGGGCAAUGCCAUCGGCUUCUUCCUCCAGAUCUUCCUUCUGGACGUGGUACAGCUGGAACCCUUCCACGCCUCGUCCAUUCUCUUCCUGGGCCGGGCCUGGGACGCUGUGUCUGACCCUACAGUUGGCUUCCUGGUGAGCAAAAGCCCCCGGCGGAAGUGCGGCAAACUCAUUCCCUGGAUGCUGGCGUCCACGCCCUUUGCUGUCACCCUGUACUGCCUGCUCUGGUUCAUGCCUGGCGACUCCCUGUCUGUCAGCGUGAGGUUCUUCUGGUACCUGGUCACGUACUGCCUGUUCCAGACAUGUCUGAGCUGCUACCAUGUGCCGUAUACCUCACUGACCAUGUUCCUGGGAGGGAGCCAGAGGGACCGGGACUCAGCCACGGCAUUCCGCAUGGGCAUGGAGGUCCUCAGCACGCUGGUGGGCGCUGGUGUCCAAGGGCAGCUGGUGGGCCACUUGCACGGCAGCAUGAACCAGCACUGCUUGGAGCACAACGGCUCAUGGGACAAUGGCUCCCUUGGUGGCAACGGCUCACUGCUCACUGACUCUCUGGAUAACACACGGAGGGCGUACAUGAUGGCAGCCCUGGUCCUGGGCUCUCUCUACAGCCUCUCGUGCCUGGUGCUGGUGCUGGGGGUGAAAGAACAGCCAGGGCCCCUCAGCACCCUAGCCGGGUCCAAGCUGCCCUUCCUUCUCAGCCUGCGGCACGUCCUCCACCACCGGCCCUAUGUCCUGCUGCUCAGUGGUUUCUUCUUCAUCUCCUUGGCUUUCCAGAUGGUCCAAGGGAUCUUCGCUUUCUUCUGUACUCAUGCCGCUGGCCUCGCUGGAAGCUUCCAGUACCUGGUGAUCAUCAUGCUGAUUGUGGCCUCCCUCUCCAUCCCCCUCUGGCAGUGGUUCCUGGUCAAGUUCGGGAAGAAAACUGCAGUGUUGUUGGGCUUCUCGAUCAUGAUUCCAACCCUCAUCAUCCUCGUCCAAGUGAAAAGCAACUUCCUGGUCUUUGCCCUGACUAUGAUCCCGGUGGGCUGCAGCGCGUCAGUGGUCUUCCUGCUGCCUUGGUCCAUGCUGCCUGAUACUGUGGAUGACUUCCAGCUCAAGAACCCGGACUGCCUCAACCUGGAAGCCUUCUUCUACUCCUUCUACAUCUUCUUCAACAAAUUUGGGGGUGGCUUGUCCCUUGGAAUCUCCACCAUGAGCUUACACUUUGCCAAGUACCACCCAGCAGAGUGCAGGCCAAACCCCGCUGUACUCCUCACGCUGAAGAUGCUUCUGGCACCAGUGCCCAUUGGGCUGAUCCUCAUCGGUCUGACUAUCUUCUGCUUCUACCCCAUCAACGAGGAGCGAAGGAAGGAGAUCAAGGUCAGGAUGGAAGAAGCCACAGACUUGCUCUGCCAGCAGCCAUGAUACUGGGUGUUUGCUUGACCAAUGAAGCCAAACUUCCGAUCAUCAAAGCCUCAAUGAUGGAGAAAGAACUGAAGGAACCAAGAACAUGGGGUAUAAUCUCCCUUCACUUGGUAAUGAGCACAUGGACUGCUUUGUUCUCUGAGGAUCCCAAGGAGAGGGGACUUGAAGGAAGAAAUUCUCUUGGAAGGUCUCCCCUGGGAUGACGGUGAUGGGAAAUCUAAACCUUGGAUCUUGAGGUCUUGUAAGGGAUAACAGGGCACCUUUGCCAGGAGCCUCCCAGCCCAACCUCUCCAUGAGCAUUUAGUCAGUGGUGUUGCUUGACAUAGGGUAGCAGUAUCUGGGUGAGGAAUCCACCUUUGAAGAUGCAUGACGUAUCAACUCCAUUAGUUUGGAGCCCAAUUGUUGGGUUCAAAGAGGAUCACUUGUGGAGACAGACUCUAAAUAAAGUUAACAGAGACCAGUAUGUAGAGUAGAUACCAAUGUUUAAUUUUUGAUAAGUAACCUAUAUCAGCUAGAAUUCCACUCAGCUGUAAGUAACAGAAAUCUGAGCACAUGGAAUAACCAAUAAAGAGUUUGUUUUUCUCACAUAGCAAGUCUGGAAGUAGGUGCUCCAGGUUCAGGACAGUAAAAUCGACAUCAUUAAGGACUCAGGUUCCAUCCAACUGCCUGGCAUGUGACAUUUAUUCUACUGGGUACAAGGUGGCUGCUGCACUUCAAGGGGACCAAACCCUAUAUAGACAGAAAGGCAAAAGAUGGAGUAGGAUGUCAGCUAAGUCAUUUUCUUUUAGUAGGAAAGAAUGGCUUUUCCAGAAGCCCCAAGCAGGACACUUCUGCUUACAUCUCAUUAGUCAUAGCUGCUUACAUAGCAACCCCAUAGCUUCAAAGGAGCCUGCACAGGGUGGGUGAGUGUGUGGGAGGGAGUGGUAGGUGGGUGUUUUAUAAGUGCUUCACUGUUCAGCAUAAAAUCUAGUUGUUAGUAAGGAAGAAGAAGGGAGAGAUUUGGGCAGAUGGCAGCGUCUAGCAUAGAACGAUCUAGCAAACCAAACACUCCUAUUCACUGGUUAAGCAUUCUCUCUAAGUAAAUGAAUCUAGAUGGAGCACCAAUUUAUGAGGUUUCUUAGUAAAUGUUGAGUCAGAACCAAAGAGUUAGCUAAGAACAGUCAUCGCUGAUGAUUACAGUGUUCUUACCCUUUGUGUGGGAGUGUGUGUCACUGCUUCUGACUCAGGAAGCAAGGUUUAAAGGUGAAAAUCUUUUGUAGAAUUUUGAAGUUCCCUAGGAAAGUGUUAAUGUUGAAGGGGCUCUCAAACACACCUAGUGUGACAGAAGCCACUAACUGAUCAUCAGAACAAUUCCCUUCUCUUUGCUGGACACACUUUCCAGCUUCCCUUGAAGUUGGGUAUGGCCAUGUUCCUACAAUGUCUCCAGUGGAAGUGAUUGGUGCCACUUCCAGGCCUGGCUAAGAAAGCCCUCUAUGCUUACUCCUCCAUGCUUUCCUCCUUGAGCCAAAGUAACAAUAGAGUGACUUUGGCAACUGUGUGCUAAAGAUGGCAGACUCAAAGGCAGCCUGAGUCCCUGAAUGACUAUGUGGAGCAGAGUCCCAACCCACCCUUGAUGGAGUAUUAGCUCUGGAAUGCUCCAUGAGAAGAAAAUAAACUUUCUGUUAUGCUCCAGUACUUACUUAAUAGGCCUAUUUCUUAUAGUUGUUUAAUCACCUCAAUCAUAAUCUUGUCCAUUGAGUUACUGAAUCCUCUAACAUGGACAAUAUCCCUUCUUCCACCUCCCUGUCACACUUUUCUGGGCAUGGCUCAUUUUAGUUCCUGGCCAUUAGGAAGAAACAGCCUUAGAGAAUAUGUAAGAAGAAACUUUGAGAGUGAGAAGCCUGUGUUUGGCUCAGUUCUGUACUAAGCUGGGAUUAAGAAGAUCCCAGGCUGCUGGAGGAUCUGCUGACAUAAUGCAGACAGCAUGCCUGGGAUUCAGAUACCUAGUAGGAAUUCAGCAAAUCUUGAUGCCUGCUUUGAUUUGAAUGUGUCCCCUCCCACCCCACACUACCAUCACACAAAAAAUUCAUGUGUUUAAAUUUGGUUUCUAUGGGAUUAAGAAGCCAAAACCUUAAUCCAACUAUAGUGUUGAAAGGUGGGGCCUCUGAGAGGUAAAUAGGACUAAGGCCAUAAGGUUAGGGCACCUAGGACUGAAUCCUAGUUGGUUUAUAAGAAGAGAAAAUGUUCUUGGCCUUGCCAUAUGAUGCCCUGUACCACCUUGGGAUUCUAUCAAUAGGAAGACCCUCACUGAGUAUGGUCCCCUAACCUGAGAUUUCCGAAAAGCUUGAGCUAAAUAAAUUUCUAUUCUUAAUGAA